GAAUGAAGUUCAGUAGUUUGGAAACUAUCGUCCAUAUAAGCACGUUCUCUUCUACAAUCAGAAAUUAUCGUGAUAAAAUUCUUUCUCUUAUCAGUAUUAUAAAUUCACAAAUAUUUGCUUGACGACGAGACGUGUGAUAAAUAUGAAAUUCAAUUGUUACCGUUUAAUAUUAUCAAUCGUUUAUAUAAAUGCAACAAUGAAACUUGAAUAAAUUCAUUAUGAGUUUCCCGUGGAGUUAGUAAUGAACGAUUCAAAAAUGGAAACCCAAUUAAUUCAUCGAGAAAAUGGAAUCGACUACGUAUUACUUACGAGAAAUAGAUUAGAAGAUGCAUUGCGCAUUCAAGCAAGUACAAUGGCCAACGAAAAUAUUGCUAUUGGAUUAGAUAUGUUUGAAGAAUCUGGUGCAGCCGAGGAGAUGCAAUUGAUAUUCAGGGAAGUUGUUAAAGAUGGAGUUUCAAUAAUUGCUUUAGACAGUGUGACCAAUGAGAUAGCCGGAGUGAUUUUUAAUAAAAUCCAUAUUUCUUUGAAGGACGGUGAGAAGGAUGCACUCGAGAGUUUCAUCGAGAAGAAUAUAAAGCAUCGUUCUUGCAUCGAACUUAUUAAUUUCCUCGAUAACGUUGAGUCAAAGGUGAAUAUUUUCGAAAAAUACAACGUCGAUGCCAUAUUGGAAAUGUUUUAUCUCGGAACUGAUACAAAAUAUCGUGGACGUGGUAUUGGUAUGCAACUCACGGAAUGUAGUUUGAAAUUAGGAAAAAUGUUGCAAAAUGGUGAAAUUAAAAAAGUUUCAAUGGUUGCCAAUGAGAGAAUAGUCUUAGAAGCGGCGAUACCAAAAGUCGCGAUCGCCGUUUAUACAUCGAAUUAUUCCAUACGUAUUGCCGAAAAAUUGAACGGUGAAUUUUUAGCAAACGCAUUCUACGAGGAUUUUAUUAUUAAUGGUAAAAGAAUGUCGGAGAGGAUCGAUAGCAAUCACAAAAAGGUCGCACUGGUUGCUUAUAAAUUAUAAUAAUAUAAUAAUAGUUAAAAAGAAAAAAAAAAGAAGUAUAAAAUUGUUAACAAUUUGUGUUUGAAUAAUGAACAAUAAAUGUUAUUUUGCUCUCUCUA